GAGUGUAGGAGUGCUUUGGAGAUGGCUUGAAGAUUAGGUUUGAUUGAGCACUUUGGAUACCUUGUGGGCUGUCACUUGGGCUUAUUACUCUUGGAGAUCUUCUCCUAGACGGUUAGGCAGCGCCGAUCCGAGGCUUCACCUCCACCCAGCUGCAUCGCCUCCUCCCCAUUACCACUCCUGAGCCAAGCAAACCGAGGGGGAGAGCUCCGGCUUUUCUUUUUCAUCUCGACCUUGCCGCCGGCCGUGAAGACGACGGCCGUCGCCAUCGCCAUUGUACCGUGUGCAGCCACGAGAACGCAGAGCUCGCCGACGAUGCUCUGGAGCGCGCACUGGACGCCGUCGUCGGGUUCUCGUCGUCGUUUUGACCGAACCGAACCACCCCAAGCCGAACUCUUGCGCCACCAGGAUAGCCUCGACGUCCUCUUCGAAAGCCCUCAAGAACUCCAGCCAGUGCCGCAACAACGAGGGAGAUCGGCGUCUUCUUCCUCAAGUCCGGCCGCCGACCACCGUCGUUGAUUCCUUGAUCCCGGGUGAGCUUCGGCGCAAUUCCUCACUCGUGUAGCAUCUUUAGAUGAUCGUUGAGCCGUUCCACUCUUUUUCAUGACAGCUCGAAGUCCGGAUGGUGGUUGUUACCGUUGCCAUGCCGAUUUCCGCCGUGGGGAUAUCCUCUGCAUCAUCGUCACUAUCCAGGCCUACCCGUACCUCGUCCGAGAUUUGGUGAGCACCCUGCAGCCUAUGGAACAUACAUGCAUGCACCCAAUUAACCAAUAGAAGCACAUGCACCACCACCCGAAAACAUCCUCUACUCGGACUCGCCGCUGGCGCUACUCCGAUGUCCGCUAUCUGAGAAAUGCAUAGGAAUGGAAUCGCGAUAGCAUGCCCUUCAUUUUCUAUUUUGGUCGCAACCCCAACGGAGUCACCGUUUGUCGCCAACACCGGCGAGCAGAGGUGCCGCCCAUGGCUGCUCUGCUGCUUAUCGAAUGGAGAAGAAACAGGGACUUCAUUUUGAGAAUUUAAACAAAUAUAAGGUUCAUUAUGUAAUGUUUCCACUCAAUGACAUAUGGACCUAGGACUGCGGGUUGAUUUCCUGAAACCAUAGAGGCCUUUUUGCAUAUUGGCCUCAGACCGACAGGUUGACCCCAUGAGUUUAAAAUCUGAAAAUGUAAAAGAUAAUACUAAAAGCCUUUACUUUUAAACAGGAAAACACCUAAACUUGUAAAAUCCAUAUAAAAUCAAAUAUAACUCUUUUUGAGAUUAUUCAAAUUUCUGUGAACUCACCAAGUUAUGAAAUUUAAUGUUAUGGAAUAAAAACUUGCACUCACAGUACAAAUGUAGCCUCUAAAAUUUAUCUAAGAUAAAUCAUACAUAAAGCAUAUACAAACUUAUAAGAUGCAUACAAAAUUCAUUUCAACUCAUUUUAGAGAAAACUUAGUUUCUACAUAUCCACCAACAUGUUCUCUAAAAACAAAGUAAAAUAAAACAUAUACACACUUUACAUCAAAUGCCUCUAAAACUAUUAUCUUUAAAAUAACUAGUUUUGCAUAAGCUGAACUUUAGAAGUUCAUAUAAAAUUCAUCUUUGAUCCUUUUUGAGUAAACUCAAGUUAUGUAGAAUCAUAGAGUUGUGCACUUCAAUGUUAUAAAAUAAAAUGACAUAGUUACAGUAUAAUAAAAACCCCUAAGCAUUUAUGUAAGGAAUAAGCAACAUGGAGCAUACCUUAAAUUGUAAAAUUUGUAGAAAAAUCAUCUUUAGUCUAAAUGAAGUGAACCAAAUUUCUGUAGAACCAGCAAGUAAUAUUCUUCAACCUAGUAGAGUGAAUUAUGGAACCCUCUGUACAGACCAUAGCUCUAAACCUUAAUUUGGUAGAAUAAGUACUAAACCCAUAAUACCAUAAUAGUGGUUAAACAAUACAUAUGAAUAUAUAUAUAUAUAUAUAUACAUGCAUGGUAGCUCCAAAUAAAACUUGUUAGGACUAGUGGAGCCAUAGUUCCAUCCCCAUCCACCAAAACUUAGAUGAACUUAGCUCAUAUAAAAAUUUCUAGGUUGAUAUAAUAUAUUGCUAGCAUAGACUAGAGCUUCCCUAGUUUAUAAAAGUAUGAACCAUGAUAAUAAAAACCAUAAGCUUAUGAACUAAGGUUAGAUUAGUUAACUAAAAUACUCAUUUUAUUCAUCACUACCUAGAUGAGGCAAGUUCUAGACCUAAACCUCUAAAGCCAUGAACCUUCUCCUAGACGGUUAGGUAUCGCCUCGGUUUUGGAGAUGGCUUGAAGAUUAGGUUUGAUUGAGCACUUUGGAUAUCUUGUGGGCUGUCACUUGGGCUUAUUACUCUUGGAGAUCUUCUCCUAGACGGUUAGGUAUCGCCCGUGAGCUCUCAAAGAUCUUGUGGAUGUCCCGGGAAAGUUUGUGAAGGCUUUCGUCACCUCCGCAAGGAAACGAGGUAAGUGAGUAAAGAUUCUUGUGCUGAGUUUCAAGAGGUUGUCCUUGGUAGCGCAACUUGCACUUGUGGUCUUUUCUAGAAGGAAUUGUAAGUUGGAUCUUGGUGGUCACUCAAUUCUAGAAAACGACCUAGAAGUGUUGAGUUGAAGGCUGUGGACUUCUUCUGAGAUCUUUGCAUAAGUGAGGUAAGGGGUUAAUUGAGACCCGGCUCUUUAAGCACCUCAACGGAGAGUAGGAUCCGUGUGAUCCGAACUUCUGGAAAAAAUCUCCUUUGUCUCUCUUGUGCAUGAUCUGUGUUUGAAUUGGCUGGUAUCUUGUGUUUUUCAUCUUGUGCAACCCUGUGCCUGAUUUUCCCUAGCUAGGACCUAUUUUUCUUCUAUUAUUUUCGUUUAUCUCUGUUGCCCGGAAGUUCCUGGCUCAAGAACUCUGGAAGUUCCGAGCUGCUCAUCACUGCUAGGAAGUUCCGGUGUUUAUCACUAGAAGGUUCCCGGCCCUGUCAAUUUAACCGCUGCGAUUGUUGAGAAAAUUUCAGGAAAGCCUAUUCACCCCCCCUCUAGGCUACAUCUCUGCACGUUCAAUUGGUAUUAGAGCAUAGUGCUCUUAAUUCAAGCUUCACCGCUUUGAGUGUUCCACGAUGUCGGACUUAGGGGGAAAGUACGGGGAAAUUGGUAAUGAAGAUGGAGCGAGCAGCAAGGGAACUCCAUCACCCGAGGGAGCUACUAUACCUUUUGAUUAUAGCAAACUGCAAACUUACCAUUCCUCCUCACAACUUCGUCUCCGUGCCUUCCGGGCGUGCUCCUCAAUUUGAUGGGACACAUUAAGCCGCUUGGAAGCACAAGAUGAAGUUGCAUCUAAUCUCUUUGCAUCCAAGUAUUUGGAAAGUUGUUUGUACAAGUAUUGACGUACCUCAUGAAGACAUGGAGCUCACUUCGGAGCAAGAACAACUCAUCCACCGCAAUGCUCAAGCUUCCAAUGCAAUUCUCUCCGCCUUGAGUCCGGAAGAGUUCAACAAGGUUGAUGGACUAGAGGAGGCCAAGGAGAUAUGGGGUACUUUGCAAUUGGCUCAUGAGGGAUCACCCGCCGUUCGUGAUGUCAAGAUUGAAUUAUUGAAAGGAAGGCUUGGAAGAUUUGUGAUGGAUGACAAGGAGAUACCACAAGAGAUGUAUGAUAGGAUGAUGAUUCUUGUCAACAAGAUUAAAGGACUUGGGAGUGAGGACAUGACAAAUCACUUUGUUGUCAAGAGACUUCUUCGUGCUUUUGGUCCAAGAAAUCCCACUCUUGUAUCAAUGAUACGGGAAAGGAAAGACUUCAAGAGGCUCACCCCAAGUGACAUUCUUGGAAGAAUUGUGUCUCAUGAGAUGCAAGAAGAGAAAGCUCGUGAAGUGAGGUAAAUGGUGAAGAAUGCUGUCAUGAUCAAAAAUCAAGAAGUUGCUUUGAAGGCAAAACAAGAAGAAGAGUCAAGUUGUGAAGAAAGUGAAGAUGAAGAAAUGGCUUUUAUUGUCAAGAGAUUCAAGCACUUUCUUCGCAAGAGUGGCUAUGGCAAAGGGAGGAAGGAUGAUGACAAGGGAAAGAGGCAAUCAAAGAGAGCGUGCUUCAAUUGUGGCGAAUAUGGCCACUUUAUUGCCGAUUGUCCCAAGUCAAAUGAAGCUAAGGCUAAGGGAGGCAAGAAGAAGCCAGAGCGUGCUCAUGUGGCGGAGGCACACAUGGCGGAAGUUUGGUACUCCGAAGAUGAAGAAGAUCUCGAGGUCAAGCCCAAGCCCAAGUCAAAAGACAAGGUUGAAGGAGAAGGUGGUGUUGCUACCGUCGCCUUCAAGUCAUCUUCUUCAAGCAAGGAGCGUCUCUUCAACAACUUGAGUGAUGACGACGACGACUCCUACCACUACUCUUGCUUCAUGGCCCAAGGCCGCAAGGUGAUGACUCAAAAGCCCACUCAAACUUCUCUUGAUGUUGAUUCUAGUGAUAAGGAAAGUGAUAAUGAAUUAGAUGAUGUGCUUAAGAGUUUUAGCAAACCCGCUAUGCAACAUUUGGCUAAGUUAAUGAGAGCUUUGGAUAGUAAAGAACAAUUACUCGAAAGGCAAGAAGAAUUGCUUAUUCUUGAGAAGAAAAGAAACCUUGCCUUAGGGGAGAGCUUAGCUAAAGAAUGUGCUAAAAAUGAACACCUUACUAAUGAGUUUAAUUUGGCUAAUGGUUCUUUAGCUAGCAUUAGAAAUGUCAAUGAAACUCUUCAAGAGAAAUUUGCUAGUUUAGAAAAAAGUCAUAAAGAUCUUGAAGUUCAAUUUGACACUCUUUGGAAUAGCACUUCUCAACCAAAUGUGGUUUCCAAUUCUUCUAACCCUUCUACUAGCAAUGGUUGUGCUAGGUGUUACAAUAUUGAUUUGAACUCUUAUGCUACUAGUGUUGAUGCUAUGCAAGCUCUUAAGAAAGAGAAUGAAAGGUUGGGCACUUUGGUGAAAUAUGGGUGCAUGAAGACAUACCAUUCAAAAGAUGCCCUUUACAGGACCAUCACCGCUCAUCCUAACAAGGAUGGACACGAGCUCGGGUUUUCGGGUGGAAGUCCUGUGUCUAAGCGUGUGAUGAUAAAUGGGAAAGAAUGCUUGAUGUUUGUGAGAGAAGGUAAAGCUCCACAAGCAAGUGAGGUGACUAGUCUUGUGAGCAGCCAGGGACCCGGAACAUCCGGACAAACCGGGCGAAACUUCCAGGUGGGAGUCUCUGUCUCUCAAAAAUUCCCACCAGGAAGUUCCGACCAGUUUACCAGGAAGUUCCGGGCCAAUGGCUGUGCACAAGACAUGACCGGAAGUUCCGGGCAUAAUGUCAGGAGGUUCCGUCCAGAUGGUCUUUACUAUGAUUCAUAUGUAAUUUCCAAAAAUUCAGAGGGCAAAGUGGUUGCUUAUUUUAAUGGGAAUUACAAUGAUGAGUACCGCACUUGUGUGUGGGUGCCAAAGGCUUUGGUGACUAACAUCAAGGGACCCAAACUUAGACAAGUUUGGGUUCCUAAAUCCCAAGCUUGAUUUCUUUUGUAGGCAUACUCCUCUGGUGGUUCAAGUUGGGUUGUGGACAGUGGUUGCACCAAUCAUAUGACUGGAGAGAGGAGUAUGUUUACAAGUCUUGAUGAGGAGAACGGAACUCGUGAGAAUAUUGUGUUUGGAGAUAAUGGUAAAGGAAAGGUAAUUGGUCUAGGUAAAAUUGCCAUCUCCAAUAAUCAAUCUCUCUCUAAUGUUCUUCUUGUCAAUUCAUUAAGCUACAAUUUAUUAUCCAUUUCUCAAUUAUGUAAGUUGGGUUACAAUUGCUUGUUUACCGAUAAGGAUGUGACCGUCUUUAGAAGGGAUGACUCCUCCAUAGCAUUCAAAGGCAAGUUAAAGGGUGAUCUCUAUCUUGUCGAUUUCGAUGUGGAUAGAGUGAAUCCGGAAGCUUGUUUGAUUGCUAAAUCCUCCAUGGGUUGGCAAUGGCAUCGUAGACUAGCCCAUGUUGGAAUGCAGAAUUUGGCAACUUUUCUAAAGGGGGAACACAUCUUCGGGCUCACUAAUGUCACAUUUGAGAAAGAUCGUGUGUGUAGUGCUUGCCAAGUCGGGAAACAAGUUGGGAAUCCAUAUCCUAUCAAGAACAUCAUGACUACAACACACCCUCUUGAGCUUCUACAUAUGGAUUUAUUUGGGCCCAUUGCUUACAUAAGUAUUGGAGGUAACAAGUAUGGUUUUGUUAUUGUUGAUGACUUUUCCCGCUUCACUUGGGUGUAUUUUCUCCAUGAUAAGAGUGAGGCUCAAGAUGUCUUCAAGCACUUCGCCAAGCAAGCCCAAAACCUCUAUGAUCUCACCAUCAAGAGGGUGUGAAGUGACAAUUUAGGAGAAUUCAAGAACACUCAAGUGGAGGAUUUCCUUGAUCAAGAGGGAAUCAAGCACGAGUUCUCCACCCCCUAUGAUCCUCCUCAAAAUGGCAUCGUUGAGAGGAAGAACCGAACUCUUAUUGAAGCCGCAAGAGCAAUGCUUGAUGGGUACAAGACUUCGGAUAUCUUUUGGGCAGAGGCCGUGAGUACCGCAUGUCAUGCCAUCAACCGCUUGUACCUCCACAAGAUCCUAAAGAAAACUUCAUAUGAGCUCUUGAGUGGUAAGAAGCCUAAUGUUUCAUAUUUUCAUGUCUUUGGGAGCAAAUGUUUUAUUUUAAGUAAGAGGCCUCGCUCAUCUAAGUUGUCACCUAAGGUGGAUGAGGGAUUCUUACUUGGCUAUGAAUCAAAUGCACAUGCCUAUCGUGUCUUCAACAAAACCUCCGGUAUUGUUGAAGUCACUAGGGAUAUGACAUUUGAUGAAUCUAAUGGCUCCCAACGAGAGCAAGUUGUUGUACAUGUUGUAGGGGAUGUGGAUCCAAGUCAAGCUAUAGGUACUAAGGCUAUUGGAGACAUACGAGCAGUCGAGUCGCAGGAUGACCAAGAAGAUAGGGAUCAACCUCCGUCAUCGACAUCCAAUAGCCCUACAAGUGCUGUGUCUACUGAGCCGGAAGUUCCAGGUCCUAUUGACCGAAACCUCCGGAGAUCUCCAGGCCCGGAAGUUUUGGGUUCUACAGUCCGGAACCUCCGGACCAGUGGCAGUGAAGACGUGCCAACGGCACAAGUGGAUGGGAUCAAUGCUGAGGGCACUUUAGAGCAUUCUGAUCAGGCUCAGGUCCUCCCAGUGCACCAUCCAAGGAUACAUCACACUGUCCAAAGAGAUCAUCUCGUUGACAACAUACUUGGUGACAUAAGAAAAGGGGUAACUACUCGCUCUCGUGUCGCAAGUUUUUGUCAACACUUCUCGUUUGUCUCUUCUUUGGAACCAACCAGGGUGGAAGAUGCGCUUGGUGAUCCUGAUUAGGUGAUGGCUAUGCAAGAGGAGUUGAAUAACUUCACUCGCAAUCAAGUGUGGACUUUGGUGGAGAGAUCCAAGUAAAAUGUCAUCGGCACCAAGUGGAUCUUUCGCAACAAGCAAGAUGAACAUGGGGUGGUUGUAAGGAACAAAGCCCGGUUAGUUGCGCAAGGGUUCACCCAAGUCGAGGGUCUCGAUUUUGUUGAAACCUUCGCACCUGUAGCUCGCCUUGAGUCAAUUAGAAUUCUUUUAGCCUAUUGCCACUCACCAUGAUUUCAGGUUAUUCCAAAUGGAUGUCAAGAGUGCCUUUCUCAAUGGACCUAUCUCGGAGUUGGUCCAUGUGGAGCAACCACCGGGGUUCGAGGAUCCAAAAUUGCCAAAUCAUGUGUACAAGCUCCACAAGGCGCUCUACGGGCUCAAACAAGCCUCUAGAGCUUGGUAUGAAUGUCUCCGAGAUUUUCUUUUGAAAAAUAAUUUUGAAAUUGGAAAGGCGGAUACUACUCUCUUCAAUAAAAAAUUUAAGAGUGAUUUAUUCAUAUGCCAAAUUUAUGUCGAUGACAUAAUAUUUGGUUCCACUAAUGCUUCUUUUUUGAAGAAUUUAGUAGUAUCAUGACUAAAAAGUUCGAGAUGUCUAUGAUGGGCGAGUUGACCUUCUUCCUCGGGCUACAAGUGAAGCAAGCACAAGAGGGCACUUUUAUCUCUCAAACCAAGUACGUGAAGGACAUUCUCAAGAAGUUUGGGAUGGAAGAUGCCAAACCCAUCAAGACUCCUAUGCCUACCAAUGGCCACCUAGACCUUGACGAUAAUGGUAAAUGUGUGGACCAAAAGGUAUAUCGCUCCAUGAUAGGAUCCUUGCUUUACUUAUGUGCAUCUCGUCCCGAUAUCAUGCUUAGUGUUUGCAUGUGUGCUCGCUUUCAAGCGGAACCUAAAGAGUGCCAUUUGAUUGCUGUCAAGAGAAUUAUAAGAUAUUUAGUUCAUACUCCUGAUCUUGGCUUGUGGUAUCCUAAGGGUUGUGACUUUGAGCUUUUGGGCUAUUCCGAUUCAGAUUACGCCGGGUGUAAGGUUGAUAGAAAAAGCACAACCGGGACUUGUCAAUUUCUUGGGCGUUCCCUUGUUUCUUGGUCCUCCAAGAAGCAAAAUUCCAUUGCAUUAUCCACCGCCAAGCCGAAUAUGUCGCCGCCGGUUCUUGUUGUGCCCAACUCCUUUGGAUGAAACAAACUCUAAAAGACUUUGGCUACAACUUCACCAAGAUCCCACUCCUAUGUGACAAUGAGAGUUCCAUCAAAAUAGCCAAUAAUCCCGUUCAACACUCUUAAUGAGGCAAACCAGGAUGAUCUUCGCCGCGACGAUCUCGAUUAUCUUGAAGAACGGAGAAGGCCUGCGGCCCUGCGUGCUGCGCGCUACCAACAAAGCCUGCGGCGCUACCAUCAGCGCCACGUCCGGGCCCGAUCACUGUAAGUUGGCGACCUCGUCCUACGCCGCGUGCAAUCGCGUCUAGGGCUGAGCAAGCUCUCGCCAAUGUGGGAAGGGCCAUACAAAGUGAUCGGCGUUCCCCGGCCAGGCUCCGUUCGACUAACCACGGAGGACGGCACAGAGUUGCCUAACCCCUGGAAUAUCGAACACCUCCGUCGCUUCUAUCCAUAGCGUCGAGAUUUUUUGCUUUCCAGGCGCUCGGGCCAACCCCCGCACAACCACUCGGCUUGUGCGAGCUUGGCCGGGGGCUACCACUGGGUAUCCUUUUCCCUUUACAAGCAAUGAAUUUUUUCUAUUUAGUGUGAAGCCCGUUAUCCUCACUCUUUCCUCUGGCUUGUCCUGGUUCAAACGACAGUUCGCACUUACUCCGAACCCUAAGUGCCGUGGGGCGACCUGCAAACCACCGAAAGGGAGCCCAAACGCGGGCCGUGCCCCGGGUUGCGCCAAACCCCGGGGGCUCGGAGGGGCCUACACACGGCCGUCCCCGACCCCCGGUCGUCGUAGCCUCGGUCUGGCCAGUCCCGCUGGGUGGCUCCCUCGAGGCGACAGUCUUGCCCUUCACCACUUAGGUACCACGGACUGAGCGCGGAUUUACCUUUUCGCUAGAAUAAGCCCGAGGGGGGAGGAUGGGGUAAAAGCGUCAUUUCAAUCACAGGCAGAUUAAUUAUAUACUUUUGCUCUUGUUUUUUCUUCUUUCUGUGCCGCAGGCAUUCAAUGAAAAAAGCAAUGGGGUAAAAAGUGCGAAAAGGAAGUUUUAAUUGCGGACAAGACAAGACGGCACGAUGGCCUAAAUACAGGAAGUGUCCGCUGUAGGCACAGAACAAAAGGAAAUUGAAAGCGCGGGUAAUCACGGAGUGCCCAAGCCCCCGAGGCCGGCGCCGCUAACGACGUCGUCCCAGUCCUCGCCGACGACGUCGUCAUCUUCGUCCCCGCUCCCGCUCUCCUCGUCCGAGGCAAGCCCGAAGGUGAACCGGGGGGCCAACCCCUCGAAGUUAUAGACGAUCGCGUCGGCCGCCUCCCGGACUUGCUCCCGAGCCCUUGCCUCGGUCCCCGGUGGGAAAUCCUCGAGUGCGCGCCAUGGGACGAAGUCGGGGUCGCUCGCGUGGUGGCUCGCGAGGACUAGUUCCACCGCGGCCCGCGCCAAAGAAGCCGACGACAAUUUCACGGUCUCGCUGACCUCCUCCUCCAGCCUCUCCAGAUCCGCCGCCAGACCGUCCAGCCGGAACGCGAGUGCCGGCUGUGUGGGCGGAAGCUUACUAUCCCGGCGCACGGAGAUGCCGACUCGGCGCCCCGCACGCUCCAGCCGGUCGACGGCGUCGGAGAGCUGCCCGGGUCCGAUCCCGUUGGUGAGGCGGAGGACCGCAAUCUCCCCAGCCUGAUCUUGCACCAAGCGCUCUAGGUCGGCGAGAGCUCUCUGAGCCGUGGCAAGCUGGCUCACCAACUCCGCGCCGCCGGCUUGCCCGCCCGCCGCCAGGUCCUUCUCCCGGGCCUCCAGCUCAGAAGCCCUCACCGCUAUCGCCGUGCGCUCGGUGCGAGCACUCUCCAAAUGCCGAGCCUCGCGCCCGGCAAUGGCCUCCUCGCGUUUCGCGAGUUGCUCGCCCAGCCGGCACAAGGCCACCUCACGGCGGUUCACCUCGGCUUCGCGCUCGGCGAGUGCGACGUCCCGUUCCUGGCACGCCUCUUCCCGGAGCCGUAGCUCCUCCGCGUGGCGGUCCGCUGAAGCUGUCGCGGUGAGGGUGAUCCGGUCACGCUCGGCUACGGCCUCUUCACGAAGGCGAAGGGAGACCUCCACCUCCACCGCCGUUCUCUCGUGGGCGGCCAAGGUGGACUCCCGCUGAUCUAGCAGACGCUCUCGGUCCUCCAGCGCCUAAGCCUGUCUCUCCAGCUUCUGGGCUCGCUGCGCCUGCUCCUGGCCGCGCACGUUUUGCUCGCGCUGGAUCCGGUCGAGGACCUCGAUUCGCCAGCGAAUCGUUGUCUCAAACUCCUGCGCGGAGCGGGCACGCUCAUCCAAGGCCCUGCGUUCAGCCUUGAGCGCCGCCGUCCGGGCCCACAGCGAGGCGUCGGCCUCCGAUACCCGCCGCUCCUGGGCAGCAGCUGCGUCGAGGAUACCGCGGGCGUCCUUGAUCCUCUUUGCCCGGUCCUCGGCAUGGGCCUCAUGCUGUAGGCGGAUGUCGCCCAGUGCUUCAUCCAGGACGCUUGAGGCAAUCAGCGCCGCCUGCCGCUCUUCCUCCGUCUCCCGCAUGACAGAGUCCAGCGUCUCCUCGCGCGCUUGGAUUUCGGCUAGUUGGGCUUGACGCAUUUUGCGUCCCACCCUCACCAUGUCGUCAACGGCGCGGCGCCCCUCGUCAACUUGCACGCGGUCCGCAGCGAGUUGUGCCCACUCUGCCUCCAGGGCUGCUCGCUCUUCCACCAGGGCUUGAACAUGGGCAUUGAGCCCCUCCCGUACGGUGGAACCGGCGGCGGCGAGCACCUGCAGGAGCGGCUCCAUACUUGCCGGAGUCGGAGAAGAAAAAGUCGCGGUCCGCCCCCGAGACGACGGAGUGCUGCUGGAUCCCCCGCGAGACUGGGGCUGCCCUCGGCCCCCUUCUGCGCGACCAGCCCCGAGGGCGCCCCAAGUGCAAGGGGGAGCGGCUGUCCCUCUCGCCCCCCGCCUCGAGUCCUCGGGUAGAUUCGGCCUCGGCCUCGGGCUCGGCCCCGCCCCUAGUUUCGGUCUCGACCUUGAGCCUAGGGCCGCCUCCGGUCGCGGCCUCCGAGCCGCAACCUCCCUCACCCCACGAUCCCGGGUGGCGCUCCGCAUGAACCCUGGUCUCGGAGCCACCUCCGGGAGGGACGUCACCGCCGCUAUCGCCCGCAACGGGUCGAGCCCCAGCUAGGGUUAGCUCGGGGUCGGACCCGGUAUGCGGAGUCCAGGCCCAGCACCCGCCAAAUCACCAUCUUCGCGUCCUCCUCCCCCAGUCCCAACACUCAACCACAUGCAUGCGCAUGGGGUCGUUGGGACUAGUGUACACCCACGCGCCACGGGAUCGAUCCUGGAGUGGUGCGAUGCAGUGACGGAAAUAGUCACCAAAGACCAUCGCCCCUGUGAGGCCCAGGCUUCGCAGGCCCCUAAGGCGAUCCCACACUGCGUCGUACUCCUCGCCCAGUUCCGAAACCGCCAGCCAUGCGGCGGAUCUUUCGGGAGGACCGGCGGGAAGCCGAAGUCGCGGGUGGUCCGGCAACGCGGUGUAGAGCCAGUCCUUCUUCCAGUCCUCCCAUUUCUUGCGGAGAUGACUCUCGAUGUAUUGCCCCGCCGUGCCUGGCCGGGGCUGGAAGUAACAUCCCCCUACCACCGCACCUUGCAGCAGCUGCGGGAUGAAGAAAGACUGGAACAGCCGCAUCGUCGGCCGCACCCCGAUGAACAUCUCGCACAGAUGCGUGAAGAUGGCCAGCGUCAUCAUGGCAUUGGGUGCGAGAUGCAAGGCAUGGAUUUCAUGGAAGUCCAAAACCUCAUGGAAGAAUCCGGAUAACGGCGGAAUCAACCCCGCCAUAGCGACGGACAAGAGGUGCACGGAUCGCUCCGGAUACCGCGGCCGUGGCCGCGACUCCCCCGCCCUCGCGACGGCGUCUUCCGGCAUAAUCUUGCGGGGGAGGCUAAGGUGCCUAUCCACCAUAAUGCGUGAUGCCGGGAGCACUGUGUCACCAGUGUCUUGAGCCAUGAUGGCCGGCGGAGAAGCGGCGGAGGGCUUGGCGUGCGGAAUAGUGUGAAGCGGUGAGAAUGUUAGGGCUAAAGGAGCGAGAAGACGAGUGGGCGGUUGGCGAAAGGAAGGAGGCAAAGUCCCUGCCUCUGUAUCCUUUUAUCCUCGCCUCACCCACGCUCACCUCCUCGUUUCACGCCCUCACGGUUGCCCCCACGAUUCUCGCGCCUGCGGUUGUCUCUUCGUUUCCCGCGUCCACUCAUCACGUUGCCCAUUGAAUCCGUGCCCCGCCUUUAGUGCACCUAUCAGCGGUACACUCGAAGUAGGGCACGCAACGGUCACGGGCGCAACCUGAGCGAACCGUCACCUCUACCGCCGCAUGAGUAGCGAGAGAGGGAAUCGAGGCAUGGUCUGACCGACCCCCCGAUUUUCGCGCCUUAAACAUCCUCAUCAUCAGCGUGGUCAGUGGCGGCCAAACCGUUGCUGUGGUUGACACGCCAACUUGGCCACUCGACAACAUUCCCUUAGAUUCCCUGCCGGGCCCACAACCCCAGCUUGAGAAGUCGUGAGGCAACACGUCAGACCGACCUCAGGAGGCCGAUGUCCGAUAUGGUGCCGGGGGCUAAUGUCGGAGAUAUGGGCCCGGGGGCAUGCGAAGUAAGGGGAAGUUACCUUCCCAUCCAGCCGCGUGGCUCUACAGCCUGGCCCUACUCCCGCACCUCGCGAGUCACAGAAGCGGCCGUGGGGCCUCGGGGUGCCACGUCGUGCCCCUCGGGCUCUCCCGCUACCUCGCCCCAAGGCCCUCGCCCAGCUGCCAUGUGGCGAGGUGAGUGAGCAGAAAGGGGACCCAGGUUGAACAGCCAUCAAUGCACGGUGCCCCAACUGUCCCUCACCGCGUUUAAUGCGGUAAGGGCAGAUGUGCGAUGCUGCCUAGCUGACCCACGUCAAUCGGACAUGACCAGUCUGUGACCGGCCUGUUGCCGGUCACGUCCGAUUGAACGGGCGGCCGUGCCCCCACGUCGCCUCUGUAUCCGGCGGAGUGGAGGUAGGUAUGACCCAUCCCAUCGGAGCGUCAUUCGGAGGAGGACCACCACAAGUCUUCACUCAUUUAUGAGGGAAUGACAGGGCUGUCCCCCGUGUUAGGCGGGGGGCGGCGCUGGGUCCCACUCAAGGACGGGCUGCUGCUUAGCUUCCGGGCGAAGGCACGGAUCGUGGCCCGGUCAAGGUAAAGUGGGUCCCCCUCCCAUGGAAGGGUAGGUAGAGGCGGUGCAUGUGGUAUCCCCUUGAACUAUAAAAGGUGGACCUUGCCCACCGAGAAGGGGGACGACUCUCAGAAAACCUGAACUCUAGGAGAAGAAGGGCGAGAGAGCUCUCCGGAGUGAAGGAAUCCUUGUAACACUUAACCAUAAUCCCAAACACAGGAGUAGCGUAUUACGCUCCACAGCGGCCCGAACCUGUAUAAUCCGAUUGUGUGCAAGCUAGUUAGCAGCCUUAGGGGCGGAUACAUGAUUUCUAAGAGGCGAGCUUCUUCCCUCGGCCGAACCCACGAAAGGGGGGUCUCACGACCUCCCGCUAUCGAGGGACUUCCCUCGACACUUGCUGUUGAAUUAACGUUUUGCUUGCAGGUUUUAGAUUGUCUUUGAGUGAUGUGGGUAUUCGACUGCUUCUUCUGGAACUUGAACUUAAUGGAGUAAACCCCUAGUCGGUUUGCUUGUGGAUUGGGUAGACAAGCUUCCGCUGUUCUAUUAUUUAUUUGGCCAGUCAGCCAAUGUAACUAAAGUAGAUGUAGUGUAUAAUCGCUUUCAUCUUAUUUGUGUUUGCUAUGUA